GGCGAGCGCGCUGGGCGGAAGCGGCGCCUGGAUUCAAAGUGUCGGGCUGUGGAUGAGGGGCUGGCUUCCCGUGUGACUGGGAUGCUGCCACCUGCGAAGCAGCAGCCCUGUGCCCGGAGCAUGGCGGUGGGACAGCCUGUAGGGGACAAAGCGAGGUGUCUGUGGAUGGCAGUGAAUCAGGCGGUACUGGCUGAGAGGAACCAGAGCGUGGCCCCUGUGGGGGUUUGGGUGGAGAGCGCCCAAGCUGGUGGCAGAUGGGAGGAGAGCAUUGCUUUCGCUUCAGCGUUUCAGGUUGAAGAGGAGCUAAAGGAGCAGCAAAAGGAAAAAGAGGAAAAUCUGAAACGCUUCCAGGGGGAAGUGAAGCAGAGGGUGAAUCAGCAAAUCAAGAUGAGGAGAAAGCAGCAGCUCCAGAAAUCCUGUGAAGCGGCAGAAAAAGAAAGCUCUGUUGUGAUGCGAUGUUCGGAUUCUGCACUGCACUUGACCCCUAAGAGGAAUACGUGUGUGUAUCGAAGUAAUGCAGCAUCUGCCAUCUGCAGUUCUGGUACCAACUUGAUCCCUGUGCAGCAGCUUCGUGCCAGUUGGGAGGAAGAGGGAAGAGAGAAGCAAAGCCAGUUGUUCUAUCAACAAGCCAACACACUUAGCAAAACUAUGAAACAGGUCCGUCGCCGGCUAGCAUCUUGCAAAACAGUGCCCAAAGGAGCAGGCCCACCCGAACUUCCAGGAGGCGUCUGGGGUGUCAGCACAAGCAGAAAUAAACCAGUGUCUCACAGGCCAACUCCAGUGCAUGGAGAAGAGUGUGAGGAGUUUCCUCUGGCAGGACAUCAUGACCUUCCCGCUGAACUACAAAACCAGGCAACAACCAAAAAUCAGGCUGAGCAGGGUGAUGACAACUUGUACUACAAACUAGAAUUUGGAAAACUUUAUAAUGGAUUAAUGAGGGCGUCAGACCCUGCUGGCCCGUCUUCAGGAUUAAGCACUGAUUUCCAAGCUCCCCUUGUACUUUGGCCUGGGAUAGACAAAGAAGAAACCAAGAAACAACGUCAAAAUCAGUACCUGAGAUACAGACGUCUCUUCAUGGAUAUCGAGAGAGAACAAGUAAAGGAACAGCAAAGGCAGAAAGAGCGGCAGAAGAAAAUUGCAAAAAUUAAGAGUGAGAAGGAGCACCAGCGUCAUGCAGAGGAGCAGAGGAUCCAGGAGAUGGCCUACCAGCAAGACGCCUGUUCUGGGGAGAAAGCAUGUGAAAUACUGGCUCAACUCAGACUGGAGGAGAGAAGAGUGAGGAAGAGUAAGGAAAAGCAACAGAGAAAUAAGGAAUACAUGAGAUACAUGGAAGCUUUAAGAGCUCAAAUGAGGGAGAAGAUAAAACUGUAUAACAUUGACUUGCCUCCACUGUGCUGCUGUGGGUCUGAUUUCUGGGACUCUCAUCCUGACACCUGUGCCAACAACUGCGUGUUCUACAAAAACCACAAAGCUUAUGCUCGAGCGUUGCAGUCGGUCAUCUCAUCAUGUGACCUUUCGGAUGGGAAUUCAACCACACGACUUGCAAUCCAUAACUUAGCUUCAGUACAUGCACCUUCUGUGAAGAAUCCAUGAAAGGUCGCCCUGGAAUCAGCUUUUACGAAUGUUCAGCAGACAGCUGGCCCGGGCACAGGGCAGACGAUUGUUCCCCGGAGCAGUUUUCUGUCCCAGAGCAUUCACUCUCUUCUUCAUUUGUUAGCCCUUAU